AUGAUGUAUUCGCUGGCUGCUUCAAAUGGUUUAUGUCAACGAUGUAAUACGUUGCAGGCUCUUGUUCAGGCAAAAAUCAACAAAUUUGAACCUUGUAACGAGAAGGAUUUCGAUGCCGAGUUCGAGGACUAUAAAGCAUUGUUGCACAGGACUUAUCCGCUUUGCGAUGAUUGCGAGAAACUUGUGGAAAAAAAAUUAAAACUCGAUCAGGAUACUUUUGGUUCCAUUCGAUUGCAAACUAAGAACGCCGCUUCUCUUCACACGCCUUCUCAGCGUUCCUCGAUACGUUCCUUAAAACCUCCUCAGGUUUUUUCUUUUUUUUUUUUUUAA